AUGUGCACAUUUUCCACCAACGUACCUAAGCAAAAUGCAAGAUUCCCAGGAUCGCAGCCAAAUAGAAUAAAUGGCGAGCACAAGCGCCUGGAUAACUUCAUAGUCGUGGACCCGAGCACCUAUCUCAACAACGAUGAAGGCCGUCGUCAACACAGAGCGAGCGUCAGCACCGACGACGAUGAGACCAGCCCCAGCAGCGGCGUCAGCAAUACUCUCGCGACGUCGGCAGAAAUGCCACAGGAUGGUAGUAUGUCGGCGGAUCGAACAGACAAGCCAUUGAGGCAGAAUUUGGGGCGUUCACCAUCACCACAUUCAGACUCUGGCUCAGGAAACGAGGCCAUGGGCGAUCUGGGAAGCCCGACCAUGAUUGGCACCAACGUAACUUGGGACUGGGAUGUUUUGUUAAGUGGCAGCAAAGAUGGUGAAUUUGGGAGUUUGCCGGCUCAUGCAGACGUGAGUGGAAAUACGCCGGGUCAAUUUCUCUGGUCAAGCGACUGGCACAACCCGGCUGAGGACUACGUUGGUCCUCCGGAAGCACCUAGCAUUGCCCACACCAGGCCGUCUUCCAAAUCAGUCUCGGGAACGCUUCUGCCGCAGUUAUCAGACAGUUCUGGAACAUUGAAUAUUGCGCAAGGUGCCGCAACUGCCGCGUCGUGUGAAUGCCUGGAGCGAGUCACAUCAAGCGUGUUCGAGAUCAACAACGUUCUCGCAGGCUUGGGGCGGCCGCGACGGGCUGGGGCGUCAAAGGGAGGAUGUUUGACGCUGGGAAGAUUUUUGACCAUUUAUGGUGACCGCGUAGCUGCUAUAGAGCAGCAGAUUGCGUCUUGCAGCACAUGUCUGAGGCAGCCUGAGAUGGCUCAGCUACUGAUUGUCAACUUGGAGCAACUGGCUCAGAUGCAGGAGCAUCAGCAUACAAGGUUGACUGAGGACAACAUGCUCAUAUCCGGAGAACAGAUAUCAAUUGGAAGCUGUGAUAUCGAUGGUCCAGAAAGGUUGAUGAUAAUAAAGCAGCUGCUGGUGGGGAGGAAAAUGCGAUUCACCAAGCUUGUUACCUCCAUCCACGAGAAGCUUACGGCGGCCAGCUUGAAAAAUUGCUACAAAAGGCUAGAGAUACUUUUGGAACAGCUUGAUAGAUCUAGGGACUGAUGGAAGGUUGCACAUUGGCAUAUAAAAAUAGACGUACUGCAGCACGUAUAUGCGUACAAAUAUCCAUACGCGCAUACACGAGCACUGACACAC